AUGUCUCUCUCGCCAUCGAGCCAGAGCAGCCUUGGCGCUGUGGCCCUCGACCUCGAAUCCUCCUCGCAUGUCGCGUCUCUCAGCUCAACACCACCUACCAACUUCUCCGACAACAUCUCUAUAGCCUCCGAAGGCAUCAAGGUCGAGACCACACCUGUACCCGAGAUUCAAGCGACUGUCAUUGUCGCCACGGAGCCUCUACCUGAGGUCUCUGCCACACCCCAUAAUACGUCUCAGAUUGACGCGCCGUCGACCGCUCAAGAGCCGCCCGCAGCCGGGCGUGCCCGGAGGGCUCGCGUCAGCAAUCCCGUCUAUAACCUCUCUCAACUGAGCGGCACCGCCGCAAAGGGCAAUGGCCGCAGAAAGCGAGCCAGCCUCGGAGACGCUCUCUCUACCACGCCGCGCUCCUCUGACCCUCUCGUACGCGACGGCAUUGACGCGUUGAAUCUGCAAUGGUCUAUGCAAGGCCUCAAGACCCCGGGCAAGUCGGCCCAGGAGAAGCCCAGCACUCCUCGCACGACUCGAGCCUCAGCGCGCGACGCCCCGGCCAAGGUCGAUGUCCUUACGUCCAAAGCGACCUCUCUCGGCAAGCGCGGGCGCAAGGCCUUCGAACAGGGCAUUGGCAAAGUCUCCAGAGAACUUCUCCGCCUCAGGGACACGAACGAGUUUGCCAAAGUAGAGACGAAGCCUGUAUACCACACCAUUUGGGCCAAUGGCAAGCUGGUCACUCCCGAGGAGCUUGAAAAUGGCCCUGCCCGGAAGAAGGCUAAGACGAAGGUUCCCUCGGAAGUAGAGAAGGCCAAGGUGGACGAGACAAAGAAGGACGGCGAAAAGAGUGAGGAGACGCUCGAGCUUCAUACGCGCAAGGGACGGCGUGUCAAGCGCUGGCUCGCCAAGGGCCUGUAUGCCGGCCAGGAUACGCCGCUUGACCUGAACGAGGAUCGCUUUGUGGGAGAAUCUAGUCUCUACUGGAAGAAGAACCAGCAUUCUUCUGCAGACGAGUCCAAGUGCGUUUGCAAGCCGCAGGACGGCUGUGACGAAGAUUGCCAGAACCGUAUCAUGUUGUAUGAGUGCGACGAGAAUAACUGCAACGUCGGUAAAGCUUUUUGCACCAACCGUGCCUUCGCCGAUUUGCAUGAGAGGAAAGUUGCGGGCGGCAAAUAUCGCACAGGAGUCGAGGUCAUUAAGACAUCGGAUCGCGGCCAUGGCAUCCGGUCCAACCGAUGCUUUGACGCAAACCAGAUUAUCAUGGAGUACACGGGAGAGAUCAUUACCGAGGAAGAGUGCGAGAACCGGAUGAACACAAAGUACAAAAACAAUGAUUGUUACUACCUCAUGAGCUUUGAUCAGAACAUGAUCAUUGACGCCACGACUGGUAGCAUCGCCCGAUUCGUCAAUCACUCUUGCAAACCAAACUGCAAGAUGAUCAAGUGGAUCGUGGGCGGCCAGCCGCGAAUGGCACUGUUUGCGGGAGACGCGCCCAUCAUGACUGGCGACGAAUUGACCUACGACUACAACUUCGACCCUUUCAGCGCUAAGAACGUUCAAACCUGUCUGUGUGGCGAGGCAGAGUGUCGCGGUGUGCUGGGUCCCAAACCCAAGGGACCCAAGCCGGUCAAGGCUGAGAAGACAGACGGCAAGGCUGGUCUUAAGAAGAAGAAGAAGGUCAAGGGCACAAAAACUGACGCCAAAACAACCCCGAAAUCUGCAGCAAAGGCCCUCAAGAGCCCUGCCAAGCUGACGGCGAAGACGCAGGCACCGAAAGCGAAGCUGAAGGAGACUGUCAAAAGCGUUGUCAAGCUCGGAAAGCGCAAGCUUGAGGAGCUCGCCGGAGAUGACACAGCUGACGCGAUGGCGAAGAAACGAAAGAUCAAAUCUCCCAAGGGCACGAAGCAGAAGCAGAGCGCCAAACGCAGCUUCUCCGACGCCAGCAACAAGGUUGUCAAGGCGGCAGCGAAAGGCGCCGCCACAGUGAAGAAGAGUGUCUCGACGAUUACUGUGAACGCGAAGUCAACACCGGUCGCGAAGAAGACGACGUCUUCCAAGGUGACCACUGUUCGCACAUCCAGCUCAGGUCGUGUCAUCAAGGCGACGAAGAAGCGCGACUCUCUUCUGCAAACGACCUUGUCACCCAAUGCGACAAUUAUCGCAGCCAGAGCUGAGAGCAGCAAAAUCAAGGCUGCCGAAAAGGGCACCCUGAAGACGCCGAACAAAACGAAGAGACCGGCCACUCCGAAGAGCCUCAAAAGUGCUGUCAAGUCCCCCCGCAAAGCGCUGGAUCUACCGCGCGUGAAAUCGCAGAUUCGCUUGGUGAGCCCUGAGGCCAGCAGCAUCACUGCCCUCGUGCCCCCCUCGAUGGCCUGAGGCCCUCCACAGGUGACGGUUUUGCUGCAAGAGAGAAGGAGAUGAGGCGCGGAAACACGGGAGCGGCGGAGUUGAGGAUUCAAUGUUUUUGCUAUGGCGUCCGGCCUUGGUUGUCCUGCGGUAGGUUACGAGAGGCGAAUGGAGUAAUAUUGAUUGUGCAUUUACAACUAGUGGGCACCAGCACGUACCCUCAGUAGCUCUACCAGGUUUGUCAUUUAUUCAACAUAUUCUUUCUCGUCUCCA